AUGGCUGGCUAUUACUGUAUUAAGGGUCUCAUUCUGAUGAUGUUGGUGGUGUUAGGCACAACAUGUGAAGCUCAACUAUCUUCAAAUUUCUACGACAACACAUGCCCUAAUGCCCUUUCCACUAUCAGAUCAGUUAUCAGAAGAGCAGUGUCCAAGGAACGUCGCAUGGCUGCUUCUCUUAUUCGCCUUCAUUUCCAUGAUUGCUUUGUUCAGGGUUGUGACGCCUCAAUAUUGCUGGAUGAAAGCUCCAGUUUUGGGAGUGAAAAGACUGCUCUCCCUAAUCAAAAUUCUGUGAGAGGCUAUAACGUUAUUGAUGAAGCCAAGGCUGAGGUUGAAAAAGUAUGCCCUGGAGUUGUUUCUUGUGCUGAUAUCCUCGCAGUAGCAGCAAGAGAUGCAUCAUUUUCUGUGGGCGGUCCAUCGUGGACUGUGAAGCUUGGACGAAGAGAUUCUACCACAGCCAACAAAGAUUUGGCCAAUUCUGAUCUUCCAAAAUUCACAGAUAGCCUUGAAACCCUUAUCUCUCGUUUUGAUAAGAAAGGGCUCAGCACAAGAGACAUGGUGGCUCUAUCAGGCUCUCAUACAAUAGGGCAUGCCCAAUGCUUCACAUUUCGUGACAGGAUUUACAGCAAAAAUAGCAGUAACAUCGAUGCUGGGUUUGCUUCUACUCGUCAGAGAACUUGUCCACUGGCAAGUAGCCCUAACAAUGAUAAGAAGUUGGCUCCUCUUGACUUGGUCACACCGAACUCAUUUGAUAACAAUUACUUUAAAAACCUAAUUCGAAACAAGGGUCUUCUUCCAUCUGAUCAAGUUCUUUUCAAUGGAGGAUCAACAGAUGGUAUUGUGUCUGAGUACAGUACAAAUCCAACUCUCUUCAAAUCUGAUUUUGCUUCUGCCAUGAUCAAGAUGGGAGAUAUUCAACCUUUAAUUGGCUCCUCUGGGAUUGUGAGAAGGAUUUGCAGUGCUAUCAAUUAA